AGAGCUCUCUGGGAACUUGCAUCACAGUCCCUGGUUCUUUUCCCCUGGCGUUGACUGCCAAGAUCUACAACAGGAAUGUAAAUGACUGUGAAACUCGGCCGGAUAUUUUCGGGGAUCCAGCCUUCCGCUGCAACACCACACUUGGGAAACUAUAUCGGAGCGAUUAAACCAUGGACGCAGUAUCAACAUAUCACACCUCUCAAGCCUAUUUUAUCUGUAGUUGAUCUUCAUGCUCUCACAAACCCUUCUUUGACGCCAAGUAAACUGCGUGAUAAUAUUUUUCAAAUGACCGCGUCUCUACUAGCAUGCGGGUUGGAUCCACAAAAAUGCGUCAUUUUUCAACAAUCAAUGGUACCUCAUCAUUCUGAGCUAACCUGGAUUUUGACUUGUGGCUGCACGUUGAACAGACUCCAAUCUCUUCACGCCUGGCGUGAAAAAGUGAAGAAAUUGGGAAAGGGAGCGGGCCUUCCCUUAGGAGUAUUAAUGUACCCAGUUUUAAUGGCUUCUGACAUAUUACUUUACCAAACAAAUACAGUUCCCGUAGGUGAAGAUCAAGUUCAACACAUUGAGCUUGCAAGGGACAUUGCUUCAGGUUUCAAUCAGAAAUUCAACAGUCAUGUGUUUAAUAUUCCUGAAAAAUUGAUCCAAGAAGAAAGUAAUCGAAUUAAAUCGUUGCGGGAUCCACUCGCUAAAAUGAGCAAAUCAGAUGACAAUCAGUUCAGUUACGUAACUAUUUUGGAUGAGCCUGAUCAAAUUCAAGCUAAAGUUAGAAAAGCAGUUACAGAUUCGAACCCAGUCCUGACCUUCGACUCGGAAGCUAGACCGGGUGUGUCGAAUCUUAUCAACAUUUUAGCGUCUCUGAAAAAUCAAUCUAUUAGUGACUCGCUGCAAGAAAUUGAGUCUAUGAAUACACUGCAAUUGAAAAAUCUCGUGUCAGAUACCAUUGUAGAACAUUUGAAUCCCAUUCGAAAAGAGCAUCAUCUUUUAAUGAACGACAAAGCAUAUCUUUGCACUUUGUUGGAAGACGGAAGGAAGGAAGCUGCAGAAAUUGCUGAGAGAACUUUGAAAAUUGUUAAACAAACGAUCGGGUUGAUCUAGUUGUCAUUGUGUCAAAAAAGUUCAGUUGCUAAUUUAAAUUUUCAUCGCUAAUUAGAUUUUGAUUCCGAAUGAAGUCAUCAAAGUAGCUUGGUAUGCAAAUCUUAUUGAUCUAAAUAAGCAAUUUGCAAAAUUCGGCGCCUAGAAUAAUCAUGGUAAUAAAAAAUCGAUAACGUUUUUAAUUAAAGGCCAAGUUGAAUUGUAAAACCUCUCAUUUUUCAAUUUUGAAACCAUACAAAGUUAACGAAUUUUAGUCUGCAAAGGACAAUACCUUCUGUUAAGAAUGAAACAGUUUCUAGGAUUGGCUUUUCUGGUGCUGAUUUUUGUACUAGCCAUUCACUGUGGUCCUUCUGAGAGUAUCGCUAACGACUUCAGCGGAGUUCCAGUUGAUCGCGAGGUUCAAAAGCAGAUUCGAGAGAUGAUCGCCCAAGAGAUGGAAAGACGCCGAAAAUGAAGAAUCACGGAACUUGACAAUUCAAAAAUUACUGAUUUUAUCUGCAAAUGUCUCCAUGUU